AUGGUGGUCACGUCGUGCCCCUCUUGGGUAGGAGACGUCGUGUGUCGUCUAUGGGGAGAAAGAGGCUCUGUCUUCGACUUGUCUUCGCAGUUGCGAGAACAGCUUAGCGCCAUUAAGCCUGAGUCCGACGAACUUCGACUCCUUGCACGUGGGUUUCUUUUCGGUUUGGUCAAUGUUCACAUAGCGAAUGAGCUUACAAUCAGUUGGUGUAUCAUGUCCGACGAAAGCAAGUCUUUAUGUGCACUCUCCAAGGGUUGA